UUUCUUUUGAGAAAUUUCCAAAACCCCUUUCUUCUAACCUUUUUUCCCAUUUCUUUAAUUAAUUUCUUCCUCCAUUCCUCCUCUUUUUCUUCUCUUUCUGGACCGGCGAGAAGGGUAAAUCCCCCGCCGCGCAGAAACUCCAUCGCCGACGAAACACCAUUACAGAAUCUCCGUUCACCGAUUUCCGAGAUCGUUGAAUCUGGCCUGUGCGGGUCAUUGAUUGCUUCAUGAAUCUUUUCCCACCAUCGCCAAACUCUUCAUUUAUGCAUGGAGUCCUCACCGCCGUCCGAUGCCGCACGAUGAUUCGAUACCCUACCGCCAUUAUCAACUCAGGUCAGCUCUUCAUUGUCCUUGGAUUCAGGCUCAGACUCACAUUCACACUCAAUCUCAAGUUCUUCACAUCCACUGCUUCUCUUCCCCAAAGCCUUCCUGUAGAACAUGAUAUCUCCGCGCAGCUCUUCUCCAUUCUCUCCCGCCCCAAUUGGCAGAAGCAUCCUUCUCUGAAAAAUUUAAUCCCCUCCAUUGCUCCGUCCCAUAUAUCUGCGCUUUUCGCCCUCAAUCUCGAUCCUCAAACUGCCCUUGCGUUUUUCAAUUGGAUCGGACAGAAGCAUGGAUUCAAACAUAAUGUUCAAUCCUAUACGUCUAUGUUGAAUAUCCUUGUUCCCAAUGGGUACCUCCGCAUUGCUGAAAAGAUGAGGAUUUUAAUGAUUAAGUCGACGGACUCCUCAGAGAAUGCGCUGUUCGUGUUGGAAAUGCUGCGGAGCAUGAACCGCCGGGGAGACGAUUUCAAAUUUAAGCUUACUCUAAGGUGCUAUAAUAUGCUUUUGAUGUUGUUGUCCAGGUUUCUUUUGGUUGAUGAAAUGAGAAGUGUGUAUUUGGAGAUGUUGGAUGACAUGGUCACACCGAAUAUAUAUACACUCAACACAAUGGUAAAUGGAUACUGUAAAUUGGGUAAUGUAGUUGAAGCAGAGUUGUACGUCAGUAAGAUAGUGCAAGCUGGUUUGAGUUUGGAUACAUUUACUUACACGUCUUUGAUAUUAGGAUAUUGUAGGAAUAAGAAUGUAGAUGGUGCAUAUAGAAUUUUUCUGUCGAUGCCCAAUAAAGGUUGCCGCAGAAAUGAGGUUUCUUAUACUAAUUUGAUUCACGGGUUUUGUGACGCCAAGAGAACUGAUGAAGCUCUAAAAUUGUUUUCACAAAUGCAUGAGGAUAAUUGUUGGCCAACUGUUCGUACUUACACAGUUAUCAUAUGUGCAUUGUGUCAAUUGGGCAGGAAAUCAGAAGCAUUUAAUACGUUCAAGGAGAUGACUGAGAAGGGUUGUGAACCAAAUGUACAUACCUAUACGGUCCUUAUACAUAGUUUAUGUGAGGAUAACAAUUUUGAUGAUGCCAAGAACAUGCUUAAUGGGAUGCUUCAGAAAGGAUUGGUUCCAAGUGUGGUCACUUAUAAUGCCUUAAUUGAUGGAUAUUGCAAGAAAGGGAUGAGUUUGAGUGCCUUGGAAAUUUUGAGCCUAAUGGAAUCAAAUAAUUGUAGUCCAAAUGCUCGCACUUAUAAUGAAUUGAUACUGGGGUUUUGCAAGGCAAAGAAUGUGCACAAAGCCAUGUCACUGCUCCAUAAAAUGCUUGAGCGAAAGCUGCAACCAGAUGUAGUUACCUACAACCUAUUAAUCCAUGGACAGUGCAAAGAUGGUCAUCUGGGUAGUGCUUAUAAGCUGCUUGGUUUGAUGAAUGAAAGUGGUUUGGUUCCUGAUGAAUGGACCUACAGUGUCUUCGUAGAUACACUAUGUAAAAGAGGUCAGGUUGAAGAAGCUCGUUUUCUCUUUGACUCUCUAAAGGAGAAAGGCAUUAGGGCAAAUGAAGUAAUAUAUAGCGCUUUGAUUGAUGGUUAUUGCAAGGUUGGAAAAGUCACUGAUGGUCAUUCGUUGUUUGAUAAGAUGCACGGUGAUGGAUGUGUACCGAAUUCAAUUACUUAUAAUUCCUUGAUUGAUGGAUAUUGCAGAGAGAAAAAUUUUCAAGAAGCUCUUUUACUUUUGGAAAUAAUGAUAAAGAGGGACAUUAAGCCUACCGCUGAUACUUACACCAUUCUUAUAGAAAGUUUAUUAAAAGAUGGUGAGUUUGACCGUGCCCAUAAUAUGUUUGAUCAAAUGCUUUCCACAGGUUCUCGUCCUGAUGUAUUUACAUAUACUGCAUUUAUUCAUGCAUAUUGUAGCCAGGGUAGACUAAAAGAUGCAGAGCUUUUUAUCUAUAAAAUGAAUGAAAAAGGAAUAAUGCCAGACACUCUGCUUUAUACAUUAUUGAUUGAUGCAUAUGGACAGUUUGGAUCAAUUGGCCGUGCUUUUGACAUUCUGAAGCGUAUGUAUGAUGUUGGCUGUGAACCAUCUUUUCACACAUAUUCUUAUUUAAUUAAACAUCUAUCAAAUUCAAAGUCAAUAAAAGUUGAUAGCAGUUUGGAGUUGAAUGACUUGUCAUCAGGGGUUACCUCGAAUGAUUUUGCAAGCUUAUGGAGGAAAGUGGAUUAUGAAUUUGCUUUGGAUUUAUUUGAGAAAAUGGUCAAGCACGGUUGUGAACCUAAUGCUAAUACUUAUAGCAAGUUUAUUACAGGUCUUUGCAAGGUGGGAUGCUUGGAAGUAGCCCACCGGUUAUAUGAUCAUAUGAAAGCAAAAGGACUAUCGCCUAAUGAAGACAGUUACAACUCUCUUCUUGGUUGUUCUUGUCAGUUGGGAUCGUAUGGAAAAGCAAUAAAGUGGUUAGAUAUCAUGAUAGAGCAUGGACUUCUACCACAUUUAGAUUCUUGCAAGCUGCUGGUUUGUGGGUUGUACGACGAAGGAAAUAAUGAAAAAGCAAAAACAGUGUUGUAUAGUUUACUUCAGUGUGGGUAUAAUAAUGAUGAACUAGCUUGGAAAGUACUUAUUGAUGGCUUACUUAAGAAGGGCCUUGUUGAUAAAUGCUCUGAACUAUUUGGCAUCAUGGAGAGACAAGGUUGCCAAAUUCAUCCCAAGACAUAUAGUAUGUUGAUUGAAGGUUUUGAUGGAAUUCAUGAUAUUGAUUAGUUAUUUGUGGAAUGAAGGAGGACAACCCUAUUUUGACUCUCAGUUGCGUCAACUGAUGAACUGAAAAUUCAUUACCCACUUGCCCUCUAGAUACAUUAUCACCUUUGCAACUAACUUCUCUGAUGAUUGAAGGUGAUGUUGCUCMGUGAAGGGUGCGCAUUCGGGAUCUUAUGGUAUCAUAUCAUGGCAAUAGCACCUUAAUAAGUAAAACUUCAGCGACAACUGGAAG